AUGACACCUAGCGAUAAUGGGGAGAUUCCAUUAAACAAUAUUAAAUCAUCAACGAGAAAGAGUCGAUGGCGUCUUUCAGAGGUCCCCCCGGAAAUAAUGCAAUUAAUAACCCCACCAAAUUCAGAGACUUCCGGGUCACCCGCUGGCUUCCCACCAAGUUCCCCGUGCACACCGUUCUCCACCACCACACAAAUGUCAGAGAAUCAUUGUGCAACCCCUUCGGCUGAGAUUUCAAAGCCAUCGUGUACUCGUAAGCGACCUCGCAAGAAUCCAUAUCCUAUCCGCAGUCCAGAUAGAGAAACCGAUGAUGGCUCGAUGUGUUUUAGAAUCAACGUUUACGAGAUAUAUAAAAAGAAUCCCAAGGCUCUUCUCGACAAGCCAUCAUACAAACGCAAAACCGGUUACAGGAAAAUCAAGUCGAUUAUAGAUUCUAAGAUUGAUAAGACGCAACCUCCACCGCCUCCGAUGCCAUUCGACGAAUUGAUGAGCAACCUCGAAGACCUCGAUCUCACCUGCGACACCCUUGACACAAUUGACCGACCAAAAAUAACUUGGCGAGGUGUCGAGUCAAAUGUCGAGUCGCAGCCUCAUUCCGAGGUCCUGCACAGAGUUGAGGCCAAGGCCUGUAGCAUUCUGCGGCUAACGCCCGAACAAUAUCUCAACUCUAAAUUGAUUAUUCUUACCGCAGCUAAGGAGUAUCGAGAAAGGUUAAUGCCAUUUAGGAAAGUGGACGCGCAACGAAUUGUUAGGAUAGACGUGAAUAAAGCAUGCAAACUUUGGGAGUUUUUCUCACAAGCUGGAUGGAUUUAA